AUGCAGACGAAAGGCAAGGCAAAGAUCAAAGGCCUUGUAAAUAGGCUCAGAAGGUAUGCUUGUUUGACAUCCAAUGUCAUUGAUGAAGCAAACCUUGGUCAUCAUGAUCAAACUCCGUCGUCUAAUCACCUUAGCGGCCAUGAGCAUAUUAGGCAAAGCUACAAUGCCAGUUUGAAUGAAAAGGAACUCAAUGACCCGAGGUGGGGCUAUUGCCAUAGGUUUUGGGAGGACACUGUUGGGCUGGAACAAGAUAUCAAGGCAUUAGUGGCAGAGCUUGCUCCAGCCGCUACUACAAUUAGAUCAUCGAGACCACCCUCUAGAAUUGUGGCAAUCUGUGGCAUGGCUGGUCUUGGCAAGACCACUCUUGCCAGAAAAGUUUACAAUCAUAGUCAAAUUAGGUGUCGUUUCGAUUGCUUAGCGUGGGUUUAUGUCUCUGAAAAUUGCCAACCAAGGGAUGUUUGGGAAUCUAUUUUGAUUGACCUAACUACAAGUAAUAGUUAUAGUAGUAACUAUGUAUCAUCUGAUGAGGAAAGGGUUGCUAAUAUUAGAGCUCUGCCAUAUGCUGAGCUUGCCAGAAGGGUUUAUCAAAUUCAGAAAAAGAAGAGGUGUUUGAUAGUUGUUGAUGACAUUUGGUCCACUGAGGACUGGGAUCAUCUAUGCCACGCCUUUCCAUCUCCAUCUCCUGGUGGAAAUAAUGUCAAGGGGUGCAGCAGCGGCAGCAGAAUAUUGCUCACAACUCGUAAUCGAGAAGUAGCUUCUCAUGCAGACCCAAAAGCUCUUAUUCAUGAGCCAAAGCUUUUAACUGAAGAAGAGGGUUGGCAGUUAUUUCUAAAAACGGUAUUUGAAGGAGACAAUCCAGGUUCCAGCACCAAGGCAAACACGUACGAGGAGGAGCUGGGCAGGGAACUGGUUGAAAGUUGUGUUGGGUUACCACUGGCCAUCUAUGUGCUUGGGACAAUGUUGUCUCUUAACAUGAGAAUACGACGGCCUAAAUGCGAACCCCAAUUCCUGGAGUGGGAAACUGCAAACAGAGAUGUUGUCUCCUACAUCAUGGAAACCAGAUGCUACCAUAACCCCCCCUUUCUAGAAGCCAUCUAUUGUCAUUUGCCUUUAUUAUUUAAUGGCUAUAAUAAAAGCUAG